AUGGCUACAGCAUCGAUCUAUUUAUUAUUUGUGGUUUACGCUAUGCUCGGCGCAGGUAACUUCCACAACGUUGCCGCCUCCAAUGUUGCUGAACGCAAUCUCAAUUUGCAGAACACACCCGAACCCUUCUUCUGCGUAUACGUUGCAAGGCAUCUUAAGCAUUUAUUAAACUACAAAUACACCGCGGAAUAUUUAGCCGAGAAUGCUAAAUAUAUGUGUCAAGCUCUUCCUACAGAAUUAAAAUCACAUUGCGAUCAAAAUAUUGAAUCAUACGCUUUGAAUUUAAUAAUAUCCCUGCAAAGUGCUAGCAGUGCUGAAGAUUUCUGUUAUAAGAACACGUUGAAGAAUCAAGCUCAGUUUUCUUCUCCUAUGAGAUUUACAAACUGUAGCAUAUGCAAACUGUAUUUUUCAAUUUUCGAAAAAGUUCUUAACGAUCCCAGCGAAGUGGAAAUACUUAAAAAUACCUUUAUUACAACAGUUUGUAAUCUGCUAGAUGGAAAAAUGAGAGCUAAGUGUAUUGAUGUUGCAAAUGAGGUUCUUCCCUAUAUUCUAAAAGCACUCGCUAGUUUACCUCCUCGAACCCUUUGCUUCAUAAUCUUAGAUACAUGCACCGGUCCUAAUAGUGAAGCUAAUGCCAUAUUUUUGAAUAAAGUCUAUGAAUUGAUACCUAAUAAGUGUAUCUUUGGACCAGUCUAUGGUUGUCUUAAUUACAAAACUAUGCAACAGUGCAACCUAAAUAAUGAGAUCUUCAUAGCUUUUAAUAAUAAUAACAAAGUCAUUGUACUAUUUCAAAUGUAA